CAGGGAAGUUACUCCAUUAUCCAGUUUUCAUCGCACAGUAGCAGCUCCGCAUGCUGUUUCCUAUCUGACUGAAAGGAAAUAUUAAUAUUAUUUAGGGAGAUAUAAAGAUACAUUAAAGUGCUGCGAAGUUCAUCUAAGGUCACGAGGACGAGAAAAAAAAUGUCGCGCGGUUCAAACGCAGGUUUCGACCGACACAUCACCAUAUUUUCACCGGAGGGCCGCCUGUACCAAGUCGAGUAUGCCUUCAAAGCCAUCUCCCAGAGCGGGCUGACGUCUGUGGGGGUCCGGGGGAAAGACACCGCUGUGGUCAUCACACAAAAGAAAAUACCUGACAAACUGCUGGACUCCUCCACCGUGACCAACAUGUUCAAACUGACACCUCGCAUCGGCUGUGUGAUGACCGGCCACGGCGCGGACAGUCGCUCCCAGGUUCACCGGGCACGAGUCGAAGCAGGAGAGUGGAAGUAUAAAUUUGGUUAUGACAUCAUGGCAGACGUGUUGUGUCGCAGGUUGGCGGAUAUCUCUCAGGUCUACACACAAAACGCUGAGAUGAGGCCCCUCGGCUGCUGUAUGAUCAUGGUGGCCAUCGACCCCCAGCAGGGUCCCGUCCUGUAUAAAUGUGACCCUGCAGGUUACUACUGCGGCUUCAGAGCCACGGCGGUCGGGGCCAAACAGACAGAGGCCAACGGCUACCUGGAGAAGAAACUGAAGAAAAAGCCCGAUCUGACCCAUGACAGGACAGUGCAGUUGGCUAUAUCGUGUCUGUCCUCUGUCCUGUCCUUGGACUUCAAGGCCAGUGAGCUGGAGAUCGGCGUGGUCACCAAGGAAAAACCGAAGUUCAGGAUGCUGUUGGAGGAAGAGAUAGAAGGCCACCUGGUUGCCAUAGCAGAGAGGGAGUAAAAGUGCCCUCACAAACUACAGGCUGCGAUAAAUCAGAGUAUUUUUCAUUUUGCUUGAUUUAUCCCAAUUUAGUAACAGUCUGAAGAGAAAAGUAUCCAUGUGUGUGUCGGGAAGGUUAAUCAUGCACACUUAAAAAUACACUAUUAAGAAUUGAUUUAGGAUUGAAAAAAACAUACAAAAGUAGCACAAUGUUUAAAUUCUGGCACAUAAAACCAUCUUUAACAACACAUUCAGCCUCCAUAACUUCAUAUUUCCAUGUCUGAAAUACAACAGUUUUUGGAUGCUUCUUAUUUUGUAUGACUUCAGCUGUUCUUGUUUGGAUGUGUACAGAAUAUUUGCCAUACAGCUUAUUUAAUACUGUAGGUUUUUGUGUGACGCCAGGCUUGUUGUCAUCUCUCCACACAUCAUUGUCAACCUCUUUUAAACAACUGUUAUAAUAAAAUAGAUGAGAAAAGAA